UCUGUGCAAGCCCCCCAUCCCAGUUUCCAUUCCCUAGUCCUCUCCGUUUCCCACCUAACCCUAGCCCGCCACACUGGCAACGCUGCUUCCUUCCUUCACUGCCGCAUUUCACGGGUUCGGUUCCACCACGCCAUCUCCUUGGUCGAUUAUCUGUCGUCCUAUGCUAUUGUGACGCGUCUUUCUGUCCAACUUGGAGCAACCGUGACCUACCUGCGCUAGAUCCGAACCAGAGACUUGCACUCUCCGUUUCCGUUUCCGUUUCCACGCUCUCCGCUUCAACAACCUCCGUUUCAGCACCAACCGGGUAGAUCUCAUGGCCACGGAGACGUGGCGUGAUAGCGGUAGCCACGGGGGAGGCGACCGCUAUCGCGACUCCUCCCACUCGCACGCCCACGACGACUACCAUCGGCAGUCGCACUCGCACUCGCACUCGCACCACGGCGAGGGGCGUCGCGACAACCACUGGACGGCGAGCCGCGACGAGGACUGGGAGGCGCUGGAGGACCAGAACGACCCCGAGCUGCAGGGCCUCGAGUACUCGGAGUUCCGCUGCAAGAAGCGCGACAAGAUGCGCCGCCUGCACCGCCGCCUGCUCUGGCGCAUCACGCCCAGCCCGCCUCGGAACCGCCCGCCGAUCGCUGCGCCGCCGGCGGAAGCGAACGGGCAUGCUAAGGGCGGGAGCAGGAGCGGAUCGGAGGAUGAUGAGAGGGAGAAAAGUGACGGCGAAGGGCGGGGUGGGGAUGAGGGGAAGGAGAGGGAGAAGGAGAAGGGUGGAUUGGCGAACGGGGAUGUGGGGGCGGUUGGUGAGCGCGAGGGGGAGGAUGAGGCGGAGGAUGCGAAGGGCGGCCGCGGGGGAGGUAAGGGGGAAAAGGCGGACACGGGUGAGACGCAGCGGGCGAGCGGCGGUGAGAAGGAGGCAGCGGAGAAUGGGAAGGGUAGCGACGAGGAUGGUUCCUCGGAGGAUGAAGGCGCUGCCAAGAAGAGGGCGAAGGGGAAGGAAGAGGAUGUGAGCGAUAAGAAGGCGGAGAAACCAAGCAAGAGCACGAGCAAGAGCAAGGGCAAGGGACGGAAACGUGGGGGGGAGAGUGACGAGGAGAGCGAGAGUGAUGAUGAUAGUGACGAGGAGGAGAGUAGUGACUCGGAGGUGGAAAGGCGGAGGAAGCGAGGGAAGGGGAAGAAGCGGAAGAGCAGCAGCAGCAGCAAGAAGAAGAAGCGUGGGAAGAAGCGGAGUGGCAAGGAGAGCAAGAAGAAGCGGAAGACGCGCAGCAGCAGUAAGGGCAGCAGGCAUAGACGUCGCAGCCGCCACGAAUCGUCGUCAGAGGACGAGAGCAGCUCGAACGAGGAAGAGUCGUCCAGCGACGACGCGAGCGACGCGAGCGACAGCGGCAGUGACAGCGACAGCGAGGGUGGGGACAAGAAGCGGGCCAAGAGGGCGAGCGGAGGGGGAGGGAAGAGCGGGAGCGGGGAGAGCGGGGGGGAGGGGGAAGGGGACGGGGAGGACGGAGAGGGCGAGGACGAGAUGGACCCUGAGGUGCUGAUGUUCAAGCAGUACGUGGAGGAGCAGAAGCGCGCGCAGCUCGCCGCCAUGGACGCCGAGCCCUUCGUGGGGCCUGCGCCGGCGCCCAAGGCGGAGGGGCACAUCAGCUACGGAGGGGCGCUGCGUCCGGGAGAAGGAGACGCCAUUGCGCAGUACGUGCAGCAGGGGAAGCGUAUCCCGCGGCGUGGUGAGGUGGGUCUGUCCGCGGACGAGAUUUCUAAGUUUGAAGACCUCGGGUAUGUGAUGAGUGGAAGCAGGCACCAGAGGAUGAAUGCUAUCCGUAUUCGUAAGGAGAACCAGGUGUACAGUGCGGAGGAUAAGAGGGCUCUGGCGAUGUUCAACUAUGAGGAGAAGGCGAAGAGGGAGCACAAGGUGAUGUCGGAUCUGCAGCGGCUGGUGCAGAGGCACAUGGCGGCACAGGAAGGGGGCAAGGAGGGAGAGGAAGGUGCUGCUGGUGGGGGGGAAGAUGCAGAUGGGGAGUGAGUUGUGGGCUGUGAUGAUGUGAAUUGUGCUGAGUUCGUGGUGCAAGACUUUGUGGGCUUGGUUGAGAUUCUAUCGGAAGGAUCUAAUUGUCUGGGCUGGGACUGAAAGUGCUGCAGGAAACGCACACAAAUGUAUGGUUUUCAUAGUCAUAAAGUCACCAGUCCUAACCACUGGGACAAGAAGGGAUGUCAUCAGGAGGGUUAGGCUCCAUAUAUCCACCUUCCCCGAGGAAUGCCUCCCCAGCAGGGCCUCAGAAGUCAAGCCAAAAAGGUCUGAAAGCCUGUAUAUCAGGGUAUUUUUUAAAGCAUACCUUUAUUUUUCAGGUUUUGAUUUUUAUCAAACCUGAAAUUUAUGUGUUCCCAUUU